AUGCCAGACCCACCGGUCAAGCAAGCAUGUGAUGCAUGUCGCCGACGUAAGGUCAAAUGCAUUUUCCCAAAACCUUGUGAGCAGUGCCGAGUUGCCGGCCUGGUCUGUCGGACGACUUCGCAGCGACAGAAAAAGGGGCGACAGGGACAAACAGCCAACAUUCUCAAUGAACUUAGAGCAAACCAAAUUGAGCAGGCGCUGGUACGGGAUGCAAAUAUGUCCCCGCCAUCAGCAGCUCUCACGCUUGGAGACAAUAUACCCACGCCCCAGUCACUGCGAGCCUUGGGAAGAUGUCAGUUCUCCAAAACCCCGGGUCUUUUGAGCCGGGAGCUUGUCGAUUCCUGCUCAGGAUAUUUCUUCUUGCGAAUGAGAGGAACAGUGCCUGUUUUGCAACCUGGCAGUUUUCAGAAACAGGUGGACCUUGCCGAUACAAGCCUCCAUGCGUAUUGUUUAGUCACUGCCUUCUGCGCUUUUGUGGUCACUCAAACCGGAUUUGCCGUGGAGCAUUCAUCGUUAGAACUCUCUCAGGGCUUUUGUACUGAAGAGUUCCGAAAUUCCCUGAUUGAGGAAGCCACUGAAGCUCGAAAGCAUAUCGAUCCAUUCACAGAUCCUGUACGGCAAAGCAUUAUCAUCGCUUUCCUCCUGUAUGGAUGUCAUAUUGGGCUCGGAAACCAACGGCAUGCGUAUUAUUUUCUUCGCGAAUCCACGACGCUUUAUACAGCCAGCGCGCUGGAAAGUCAAGCAUCAUCGGCCCAGACGGAUGACGAUGACCCUUCCUUGGCAGGAAAGUUGUUUUGGCUCUUAGUGGUGUCAGAGAGAGCUCAUGCGAUCCGCCGGCAUAGACCAAUUACGCUGCAGGUCACUCCGGAAAGCCCCCAAUUAGAGGAUGGUCCACUUCCAACUCAACAGGAAGAUGACCCACUUGUAAAUGCGUCAGCCAUUGGCUUUCGGUGUCUAGUAAAUCUCUACCGCCCAUUCGAUGAAGGUUUUCUGGGCCAGUGGAAUGGAACGAAUGCCACGUGCACGGUUGAGUCGCUAGUUCGUCUUGAGGAGCUCAUCCAAAGUGCAGUUCCGGCGGACCUUGAUCUGCCUGAUAUACUUAUGGCGGACUUGCAUCUUUGCUUCGCAACAUGGAAAUUAUCCAGGCAGAGUAUGGAAACCCAUGGAAUUGGUCUUAUCGAAAAAAUAUUUGAGGUUGCGUGCACUUUGAUUGAUGUUAUGGCGUGCCUCUCAGCGGCUGGGCUCCGUUCUUCAGGCUUCAAGCUUGGCCCACAGGAUUAUCUCAAGCAUUUCUUUACUCUCAUUCACGAUCUUCCCGGAGGACGUCGAAGGUUUCUUCCACUGCUACUUACCAAGAUAGGGCAAACUCUGCCAUCCAUGGUAGACCCUAUUACCGUUCAUCUCAAACUCCAACCCAGCACUCUUGUUCCGAGGUCUACCAGUGAGGAAUCAUCAAUAUCCGCCACUGCCGGAAAUGAAAGCUCGAAUGAACAGCCCUCCGCUCAAUUGAUUUCCGAAUCUGAGGACUGGAUGAAUGGUAACUUCAACUAUGCGGAAAUGAGCCGCAUCGGUGAGAAAACACCUGAGAUUGACGAGGCAUUUCUCCAAUACUCCAGUUAUUUUCCCUAA